AUGCCCGAGACCUCGGAUAAAUCUGAGCUUAAGGGCGAGAAAGACAACUUAAAAAGGAAAAGUAGUGGCUCUAGAAGCGAACACAUUGAAGCAAAUGUUAGAAUCAUCGAAAGAGGUGAUGGCGCCGAUGGCGCCAAAACUGACUCACAUGGUUUACAAGAGCUGGCCGCUACGCUGAGACAGGGUUUCACCCAGAUGUCUCAAGAUUUAUCCAAGACUAUUGCUGAGUCGUUCAAACAGUUUCAGUCAGACUUUGAAAUACAAUAUGUUGACACGGAGGAAGAACAGGAGGCAAAAUCUGCCGAGAAUGACCACGAG